AUGGCGCACGGUGAGAUAUUUGCUGUAGGCAGCCAUGGCGCGAGUGCAGCCGCAGAGCCGCAGCCGAGCCGAGCCGUGGCGAGCGGGCGCAGGGAAUGCCGGGAUGAGGGGCGUGGCGCGCCCGGCCUCGCCUCCGCCGGCCGGUGGGGGGGGCCGUCCGUCUGCCGGGGCGCGCUGUCGGCGCCGCGCUGGGGCUCGCCUCGGGAGCGGAGGGGCGGCAGCUCGUGCAACGGGCAGCGCUGCAGGGCGGCGGGCGGCGCUCUCUCCCGUGUCCCCGCAGCGGUAGCCUCCGCCCCGUCCCGCGAGCAGCGGACGAAAGGGGACGGGUGGGCUGACGGGAGAGCGCCUCUGAGGGGCCGCGAGGGUGCGGCGUGCCCGGCUCCCGUCUUCUCCCUCUGGCACCUUGGCCUGGCGGCUCCUGCGGCUCGUUGCGCAGCUGUACGCCCGUGGCCCUGAGAGGAGCUGCCAAGCUUAACUUUCAACAGAGAGGAACAUGUUGCCAGUGUGCUUUUCCUGUCCCAGCGCAAGCACCCGGGCCGGCAUCACUGUCGUCGCACCUGGGGCAAGUUUGUCUCUUGGUGCCGACGCUGGGGUCUCAGAACAAGUUGUUCGCAUGUUCUAGAGCGCUGGAGAAAGGGCUGUGCGAUCUAGUGCUCUGGCACUGACUUGUGUGUCUCGGAUGGUUUGGUAAUCUCUGUGCUUUAAAGCAUCGGUACAUGGAUGUAAACUAACCCAUGUGUAUUCUGAUCCUCUGGAAAAUACACGUCAGAGUCGCAAAACAUUAUGAAAUUUACUGUGUAUCAAAAUUUUGCUCUCUGCAUUGCCCAGAGUUGAGGGCCCAGUCUUGGUGGGUGUUUGUUGGGUUUUUUAUUUACUUGUUUGUUUUUGAAGUUUCAGAUAUUUUGACAGUAGGUAAAUCCAAAAAGCUAAAAAUCAGUAAUAUUCUCAAAUAAAAUGUCAUAUAUUCAAAUCAUUAUGAAAAUGAAAGUCUAGAAAUUUUCUUUGAGGUACAUUUUUCUCCUCUGCCACUUUUCAUCUCUGUGCUGGGAUCAAGAGCACUGUAGUAUUGAGACUUUUUACAGAUCCUUUUCCCUCCAUAAACUUAGGUUGGUUGUACCCUUCCACUGCACCAUCUUUCAAAUAUAGCCCAACACUGUGUACACACAACGUCCAUCUAUUUAGGCCACGCUGACCUUUGUUGUUUGCAUGGCUUGUGCUCUGCUACAUUUAUCUUCUGUCCUUACCCCGCUUUUUGAGUUUACCCAGUACCACAUCCUGUAUUUCAUUCAUCUUCUACCUUGUUUUAAAUAAUUUCACAAAUGCCUGCCAUCUUCUAGGAAACUUGUCUCAUGCAUUGAGUUCUCUCACAGUUCAAUUUACUGUCUUCAUUUUUCAAUGUUGUUUUUUAUCAAAAAAACUUUGCAGUAGAACUUAGUCUGAAACAUGAGGUUUUUAUUGAUCCGUUAUUUAAUCAGUUUCCAACAGCACUCAUGGGGGAGCAUAUCUGUGGUAAAAUCAUCCACACUGAUCAGAUGCUUUUGUGACAGAAGUUCCUUCUUUGUUCUGCAAUUUGAGAUCUGCUGUAUUUCAGUACUCUAUAUGUUGUGGUCACUUUGUGUUCUCAGUAUUCUUGGUACAAGUCAAUUGGAAGAGUUUUCCAAGGCAGCAGAUAAUGACAACAUUAGUUCAGAAGUAUCUCAAAUGUAAAAGGCAGAGCUUAGAAGAAAACAAAGCAAACUACCAAGAGUGUCAUCUGUAUUAAUAAUGGCAUGCAUAGCCUCCCUGAAGAAGCAAUAUCAAAUUGAGACCUGUGCUUUUGAUAUGGUUAAUGGUAUGGUUCAAACUUCUCAUUAUCUAUGUAAAAACAUUCAGAGAGAAAGCCAUUUAAACUUGAGACUGUACUAUGGAAGACUGAAAUGUCUAGGAAUAGAAAAAGCAUAUUUACUAUUUAAAUUUUUACCAUUACAUUACCAUUACCAUAUUUACCAUUUACUAUGGUCUGUUGUCUGAAGAGUUAAGCAGAAGUACUCACCUAAGCACUUCUCAGCCCAGCUGCUGCUUUCCAUACAGGGUGCCAUAUUUUCAGUUAUACUGGUUUAUGAAACCAGAUUAUGAAAUAAUUUAGAGAAGUAACAUUGGAGGACAGGUAAAAAUUGGAAGGUUUUAAUUUUUAAUCUGGAUCCACUCCCUGACAAUUUUUGCAGUGCAACUCCUGAAAUACUUGCUUGGGCAAAAUAUGUUAUGCUUCAAUUUCACAUUAAAUUAAAUGUCUGUUUAAUAAAAAGCAGUGAUAAAAUUGCUAAAUGGUUUAGAUUCUCAAAUCAUAUCCUGGCUCAAUAUUGAUUUUAACCUGUUGAGUUUUAGGGAAUAGAUUUAAGAUGGGAGUGCUAGAAACUUGUAUGGAGUAUUUCGUCCAACUGGUAACCAUGUGAAUACAGCUAUUUUAAAUGGAGUCUGGGUUAACAAAUGAGAAGAUGCUCUGAUUUCUUUUUUCUUAGAACAGGAAGAACCUGUAUUAUUUGCUGUUGGCACUUGGCAUACUUGGCAACCAGCUGGUUUCUGAGAACAACAUAUCUAAUAAUUAAAUGAAAACCAUGUUGUUUAUUGUAGGCUCAGUAACAUUAAUAGCAGGGAGAGCAAUUUACAAGUGUUGUGACAGGUAGCAGAGGAAUGAAAUUAAUUUAUGUAAGUUGAUGUAAGCUGUAAGGUACAAUUUAAGUUUGAAAGUAGUUUCUAUGGUGCUGGUGUCCAUUCUGUAGACUUGCACUUGCCUGACAUGUCAGUUCAUAUAAAUUCAGCAAGAUUGUUCACUUGUUUGAUGUUACUGUGAUAUUUGAAAACUCACUUGUACUAGCUAGUAGAGCAAGGUCAGUUCCAGAGACCGAUACGGUGUGUUCUGUCAAAUCUGCGUUCUCUUGUGUUUAUCCAGCCUCUUUCAGUUUAUAGUUUUAGAAUUUGAAAUAGUUUGUGGGGGAUCAAUGAAUACUCUACUAAUGCAGGCAUCAGUGUUAAAUGAUAAGAUUUUGCCAGUUCUGUUGUGCCAGAGUAUUAGUUUCUUGCAUGAUUUUUAACAGAAGGAAAGUAUUCAUCUGAAGCUGAGCUAGGUCUCAUUUUUAUCAGUGUGUAUACGUGUGAUGAAUAAAGAUAUGGAUUAUUCCAAAGCCAACUUGGUCAAUAUAACUAAUACCAACCAGA